CAUUUGGCUUGGCAACAAAAGCAGACAAACAACCAAUUUAGUUCUAUUCAUAGUUAUUCAAACAUAGUGCAUAGUUAUUCAAACCGAUAGUGCCAUCGUUUCGUCCACCAAUAUGUCUAGUUGGAUAGCAGUGAUAACAACAGCGUUUGCUGCAAUUUCAUUCAUUUGCACGGUCGUAAGACACAUGCGCAAUUCUCCACAACAACUACAAUUACCUACCAGGGCAGCUGCAGGACGAUCCUCUAAUUCAAAUGAAAGCAACCUCGUACUGUGCGAAACGUGUCAAAUACCACAGAUGGGAGAUGCAUCAUCCUGGACACAGCUAGACUGUGGUCAUUGGUACCACAAGAACUGUUUGAGCCUAUUUGCUUCCCAAAAUUGUUUAACCUGUCAGCUAAGAGAAGAGGAAAACAUUGCAGCAAGAAGAAAGGAUGCUGGUGGUAGUAAAACCGAUUGAGACUCGCUCAAGGUUACACUGUUUGCAUGGCGCAUAUCGGAAAAAGGAAAUCGCCCCGCUGUCUCUAUGGUACCUUCUGAUGUUUAUCAACCUGUUCUGGAAAUGUUUUAGUACUUCCGGUUGUUCCUUCUUUCAUUUAACUGUUUUCAUUUUGCCGUCAUGUUAUGUGUCACCACUCAUUUAGUAGAUUCCUUGUAGUCGUGCCUCCUCAUCUCCCCAUGUAUGUAAACUUUUCACCGUACACUUAUUUUGAGCUUGGCCGCCUUAGCUUCUUCUUUAUCGGCACAACAAUCUCAAGAGAUGUAGGCUUUUCGUUUCUGUUUUUCUGUGACUUAAUUCACGCGUAGCUGGAUAGUCAGUCCUGCGUAGCAACCUGUAGCUUCUAUUCGUACAAAAUUCCAGGCCUCCUUUGUGGCUAGCCUGCUUCUUGGUGCGACUGAUUCAAUUGCUCUCCUAUCGUUUGUAUGUAUUCAUGUUGUUUUUCGUAACCUUUCCAGAUGUUUUAGGUUCAUUUUAUUUUAAAUGUCUGCCUUUUUGCUUUUCGCUCUUCGAUCCCACCUUCUAUUUCCUCUUAACUGUUCACAUUUUUAUUGUUUCUAUGCUUCACUCCCUUUGCUACUAUUAUUUUCUGCUAUAACGCGAUCGUUCUUAUCUCGUCGUUGUCAGUUUAGCUAUACAUUGUAACCCUUGUAAUAUACAGUGAGCCUAAAUUAAAUGAAAAGAAUGAUUCCAGUUCAACAGUUCAUACGUUGUUAAAAACUUGUUGGCUCUCUUUUUUUCUCUGUGUUGGCUCAACAACUAGGUACAGGAUUGUUAAGACAUGGGACUAUUAAAUUUACUGUUGAUUUAAGCUUGUACUAAGACCUUAGAUGGCGUAGAGAUUUAUUUCAGUAAAAACAGGUGCGAAGAGUUUCUUUUUUUUAGUUAUAAAAAUAACUAGAAAUCGAAACGGAGCCUAAG